ACUUCGGAUUAUACGCUACACUCUGGCAUGCGACAAGGACGUUAAAAUCCCUCUCUUUUGGUCACCACUCUAUAGCACCAGUUGUCAUUUAGCCCCUUAGAUCAGUUGCAUCUACCAAUUUUUGUUUGAAGAACAGAGAGCUUCGGAGAUUUUAUAGCAAAUAAACAGACGGAUUAUAUUUGUUAAAUGUCAGACUCAGAGUCAUCGUGUGAUAUCCAGGAGAUCCUGGCCUGUCCAGGAUUAUAUCAGGAAAUUGCACCAGCACCCAAACAUGUUUACAACAAGCCAGCAUUAUCAAAUACUCUUAGUUCUGUCAAGAAUAAUCUCCCAUGGAUUGAACGACUAGAUGUCGUUUGUGACGCAGCUCCAGCUCCAAAAGAUCUAGAUCUAGAUGACUUGCAGAAGAUAGACCCAGAUGAUGACUUUAAAAGAGAAAAUUAUUUUUAUCGUAUAGCACAAGCUGCAGUAUUGAAAGCUAUCCCACAGUUGCAUGCUUUAGAUGUACCAACUAAACGUCCAUCUGAUUAUUUUGCAGAAAUGGUUAAAACAGACAGUCAUAUGACAAAGAUUAAACAGUACUUAGUUGAAACAAAACAAAAGUUAGCGUUACGUGAACGAGCUAGACAAAUAAGAGAAAGACGUAAAUUUGGCAAACAAGUUCAACAAAAAGUUAAUCAAGCACGUAAAGAAGAGAAACGUAAAUUAACAGAAGCUGUAAAAAGUACAUGGAAGAAAACAGGUAUUAAUCGUGAAGAGAGAUUGGAACAGAUAUUGAAUGAUUUCAAAAAAGAUUAUGAACCAAAUGAAAAAUCGAAUAAAAAGGCAGCUGAGAAAAGUUUUCAUACUGCUAAAGAUUAUGCUAAUCGACGAAAGAUUAAUCAUAAACGUGUCUACAAAAAUAAUAAAUAUGGUCAUGGUGGACAGAAAAAGCGUCAAAAGCGUAAUACAGCUGACUCGUUGAAUAGUGGAGCUCGACGGGAUUUCAGUCAAUUGAAGCAUCAAGCAACACCGAAUAAGGCUAAACAAAUUCGUAAAGAUAUACGCAAGUCAAGACAGAGACAGAAAAAAGUGUCAAAAAGACGUGCUUAAAUUAUCCCGGAAGAGAAAUAUACAAAUAUGUGAAUAGCACAUUCAUGUUCUGUACAUUAUUUUGUAUAGUAUUGGUUGUUUUAUAAAUCUGAUAUCAUCACUUC